ACCAGCUUUUCUAAGCUGGAUUGUUUUCCACUCCAGUCUGCUGUGAGUGAGAGUCCCAGUUGUUCCGUAUCCCAACCGGUCGGCGACAGCCUGCAAAUGAUGCGCAUGAUGAAAUUGUUCCUGCUGUCCGUGGUGUCACAGAGGAUUUCGAAGAAUUUCCCUUCCUUUCUCUCUCUUCUGCGCCACCUAAACUGUCUGCUCCUUAAAUUGGUCAAAUUCUACUUGAUCCAGGAACGUAACGGGGAGCAUGCAGACGGCUCACAUGCCGCAGCCUGGGGGAGCAUCUCAGAGGCAUUCGCCCGCAGGUUCUCGUGCAUCUAGGCAGAGCACAAGAUGGAAGAGAGGUGCAGACGUAUGUAUGGCCCUGCGCCUUCCCUCCCCUCGAGCCUGCACAGGCCUUUACCCGCCCAUCCCAGCCUGUGUUCUGGGCCUUCUGGCCAGCACAUCGCUGGGACCUGGUCGACUUCAGGGAAGUUUUUUCAUGGCUCCCUCCCCACGCUGCAGCUUAUCCUGUUAUUCUCUGUUUCGACCAAUCAUUUCCCCUAACGCGGUGCUCAAGCCGAUUAAAGGCAGUUCACGCCAUACGUUCCUUCCCACCCACAUGUCACCUGAAAUGUUCUAGUGUGUCCAAGACUUAUCCCCCCGUCCUAAGGCACAGAAAAUAAGGAUAGAGAAGAGAAGAAAGAGAAAUUCACUGAGAGCGGGAGGAUCAGAAGCUCCUGGGCACCCCCCACUCUAGAAUAAAAAUCUCCAUUAAGGUGUUUUUCUUAUAAAAUAUUCCCCUCUAAGUUAUUAUGUUUCUAUAUGAAGAAUAGAAAUUUAAAGAGGAGAAAUAGUUUUUGAAGAGUCUGAGAAUCUUCAUAUAACUCAGGCUGCCACAACGAAUUAGCCGUGUGACCUGGGGCCUGUCCCUCAGACUCUGAGCCUCAGCUUCUGGAUGUAGAAUGGGUUGAAGCCUCCCUUCCUCUCCGGCACCCUACCCACAGGCAAUACCCAGCCCCAUUAUUUUCUGGAUUCUGUGACCAAGUGUGGUCAGGCUACACAGCCACACACUUCCGGGCAGUGUCAUCUGGCAACGCACUGCUGUGUCAAGGUGGUUGGAUAUCGCAAACCUCUAAGAACCAAAUAGGCUCUGGGCUCAGGGGUGGAGCCCAAAGCACAGGAGAGGGAGGAGGGAAAAUCACCGGGGCUGGGAGUGCUCACUUCCCUCAGAGUAUCACGCAGUGCUCUACCCAGCACCCUGCCUUUCCCUCUCUGGACCCACUUCCUCUUGCUGCCUGCUCCUCCCCAUUGAAUAACAGCCAAGUUGCUUUGGUUUCUAUUUCUUUGUUAACUCCUUCCCUCUGCAGAGAACUGCCUGGCAGGUGUGAAAGGCAGCAGUGCCACAGAGGCAGUGGAGCGAUGGCCUUCAGCGGUGCCCCGACUACCUACCUGAACCCACCCGUCCCCUUUACUGGGACAAUCGAAGGGAGUCUCCAGGACGGACUUCAGAUCACCGUCAGUGGGACCAUCCUCAACUCCAGCAGCACCAGGUUUUCUGUGGACUUUCAGACCGGCUUCAGUGGAAAUGACAUUGCCUUCCACUUCAACCCUCGGUUUGAAGAGGGAGGGUACGUGGUGUGCAACACGAAGAUGAAUGGAAGCUGGGGGCCCGAGGAGAGGAAGAGGGAGCUGCCCUUCCAGAAGGGGAUGCCCUUUCACCUCUGUUUCCUGGUGCAGAGCUCGGAUUUCAAGGUGAUGGUGAAUGGGAGCCUCUUCGUGCAGUACUUCCACCGCGUGCCCUUCCACCGUGUGGACACUCUCUGCGUCAAUGGCUCUGUGCAGCUGUCCUCCGUCAGCUUCCAGAACACCCGCGCAGUCCCUGUUCAGCCUGCCUUCUCCAUGGUGCAAUUCUCCCAGCCUGUCAGUUUCCCACCCAGGCCCAAGGGGCGCAGACCAAAACCUCCCGGCGUGCGGCCCGCCAACCCGGCUCCCAUUACCCAAACCGUCAUCCACACGGUGCAGAGCAUCCCUGGACAGAUGUUCUCUAAUCCUGCCAUCUCACCUAUGAUGUACCCCCACCCAGCCUAUCCGAUGCCUUUCGUCACCACCAUUCCAGGAGGGUUGUACCCAUCCAAGUCCAUCAUCCUGUCCGGCACUGUCCUGCCCAGUGCUCAGGGGUUCCACAUCAACCUGUGCUGUGGGAGCCACAUCGCCUUCCACCUGAACCCCCGUUUCAAUGAGAAUGCUGUGGUCCGCAACAGCCAGAUCAACAACUCUUGGGGGUCUGAGGAGCGGAGUCUGCCCCGAAAAAUGCCCUUCACCCGAGGCCAGAGCUUCUCGGUGUGGAUCUUGUGUGAAGGUCACUGCCUCAAAGUGGCCGUGGAUGGCCAGCACCUGUUUGAAUACUACCAUCGCCUGUGGAACCUGCCCGACAUUAACAGACUAGAAGUGGGGGGUGACAUCCAGCUGACUCACGUGCAGACAUAGGCAACUCCCUGGCCCUGGGGCCCGGGGCUGAGGUGUGGGGUCUGGGGUCUGGGUCUUCUCAUCAUCCCCACUGCCCAGUCCCACCCUUUCCAACCCUGCCUGGGACCUGGGCUGUAAUGCAGGGGCCAUGUCGUUGUCUGGUCCUGCUUCUGGCUACAUACAGCCACCCAGAACAGGGAAGGCAGCCUUCCUCAGCUGGGCCAGCACCUGGGGCUCCAGCUGCCCGAAUCCUACCAUCCCAGGAGGUGGGCACAGUGGGCUGGGGGAAGGGGGCAGUGAAGAUGAAGCCCCAUGUGCAGUCCCCUCCCAUCCCCCCCACAGCACCACCCCAGUCUCAAGCCUCUAGCUGUCCACUCCUGGUGAGAGGUGACCUCCUCAGCCCCUCCUCUCUGACCUUUAACCUCACUCUCAGCUUGUACCCUGCACCAACCCUUCACCCCCUCCAGGAAGGCUAGCCUGAUGGCAUCCCACUGGCCCCCACCAACUGACUGGAAUGUUCUCUUCAGGGGAUUGGCUUCUUUCCCGGUUUCCUUAAAUAAAUGAAAAUGCUUAUUGGCACACUC